UUUUUUUCUCUAUAAAUUCCGCCCGAUGAAUCCAUUCAAAACCUCUUCCCCUUCUCAUCUAUCCUCCUCCUAAAAAUUGGUCAAAAUCUAUCCAAUCUCUUUGCAUAUUCCUUCUUAUCAUCAUCUUCUUCUUCUUCUCUGUUGCCUCUAGAAUUGAAAAGUUCUUCUUCCUGCCCAUAGUCUUUGACACCCUUUUCCAACCUCUAGAUUUUUUCUUCCCUCUAUAAUUAUCUCCUUCACAGAAACCUUAUCCCACAUAUCAUCAAUUACCUUGUUCCUCUCAAAGUUUGAUUCUUUUUCUCUUGAAUUGGAUUGUUAUAAUUUUUGUUCAUACUUACAUGUUAUGCAGUUAUGAAUGAUUGAGAGACAGCACAAAUGUCUUCUCCAGUGAUCUCCGAGAUCCUCCUCUCUGGCUUCACCAUAAACUCUUCCCUAAGACGCAGGACACACUUGGUGCAAUCUUUCUCUGUUGUUUUCCUCCACUGGUUCUACGUUUUCUCAUGAACUAAAUAAAUUAACCUCGUACAUAGUAUAAACAUAGUACGUACCCGUGUUCUUUUUUCAAAUUCAAUCAUUAAACCUAGCUAGCAGAUUAGGGUUAUUAUUGUUCAAAUAGCAGACUACUACAUGGCUUCUCCUGGUGGAAGUGGAACCUAUUCAUCUGGUUCCAGUUCUCUUCAAAACUCUGGUUCUGAAGGAGACAGAGACAUCAUGGAACAGAGGAAGAGGAAGAGAAUGUUGUCCAAUAGGGAAUCGGCUCGUAGAUCGAGGAUAAGGAAACAGCAGCACCUGGAAGGUCUGAGUGCCCAAUUGGAUCAGCUUAAAAAGGAGAACGCACAAAUCAACACAAACAUAAGCAUCACGACGCAGAUGUACCUCAAGGUGGAAGCUGAGAACGCGAUUCUGAGGGCUCAAAUGGGGGAACUGAGCAACAGAUUGAACUCUCUGAACGAAAUGAUAAGUUUCAUUAACUCCACCAACAGCAACUGCUUGAUGAUGUUCGAUGAGGCACAGGAGACGACCACUCAGUUGUUCAAUGAUUGUGGCUUCAUGGAUUAUGCUUGGAAUGGAAUACCAAUCAUGGCUUCCGCUGACAAUGAAAUGUUGAUCAUGUAUUGAUCUUGAGUUGUAGCACAACACCCACGUCUUCUCUUGUUUUAAUUUUUUUUUUUAUUGUAAUAGUGAUGUCUAUUGUUUUCAGUUUAUGUUAUGUUUAGGGUUGUCUUGUCUUGUGCGUAUUUCAAGAGGGGGAUUCUUUUUUCUUCUCGAAAAUGUAAAAUAUCGACCUUUUAUUUUCCAGGUAGUGAUUUUCGUUCAUUUCCA